AUUAUACUAAUAGCAGGAGAAUGUUAAGAGUCAUUUUAGUCUUCUUAUGAGUCAUUUAGUAUAUUCUUAGUAUUUUUAGCCUCUAAAACCAAAAAUGUUAUGGACUAAAUUUUAGUCCCUAAACUAAAGAAACCAAACAUGACCUAACUAAUCACAAAUUGUUGCGACUAUUAUGUCGAAGCCGCUUAGAAUGUGGUUUAUAAUAGCAAAAAUACGCGUCUUAGUAAUAGCUGGUCUAAGAUGUCUCCAUGCUGUUAUUACAAAGAAAAAUCAAUAUUUCUACCUCACUCAUGAAUGGGAAAAAUAACUAGUAGCUAAUUUACUAAAAAUAGCUAAUAACUGAAUUAUUAGCUAGAGUUUAGAUGUCGCUAACUAAUUUUAGCCAUUAAUUAUUAUCUCUAGAGCAUUCAAAAUUUGAUAAUUAUUUAAAAUGAAAAUAGAUAAUUAGAAAAGAAAUAGAAAUUCUCUUGAAGGUUUUUUAGUUGUAGAGAUAGAAAAGUCUUAGAAUUGUUGAUAGAGAUAUUAUUUAAAAUAAAAGUUGUAUGUAGACAGUCUCUGAUCGUGAGCGUCCGUUUCUGUCCAGACGGUCAAGCCGCGAACAUUUCCCGCCCAAUCAAACCCAAACCACCGCUCACCUCCGCUGACGGCCGCCAGCCCGCCACGAUGGAGCUCUCCGCCGCCUUCGAGGAACGCGUCCGGCAGAUGGAGGACGCCCGCAACCAACGCCUCGCCCUCCUCAACGCGGAGAAGGAGACCCAGGCCGCCAAGUCCCGUAUUCUCUCGGCCAAGCUCGCCGCCACGCGCCGACUCGAGUGCCGCCGUCUCCUCCUCGAGCGCCGCGCCGCCGACCUCGCCUUCCGCGCCCUCGCCGCCCGCGCCGACAUCGACGCCGCCCGCGCGCGCCGCCUCCUUGUCGCCCGCGACCUCAGCUCGGUAAGGGGUGAGAUCGAGGAGGCUGAGAGGAGGGAACAAGGCUGGGACCGCUUCUACGAGGCCAAGAGGAAGGACAUGGAGGAGUUCCAGACGGAGUCGCGGCGGUUCGAGGCGGAGACUCGCGAGGAAGUGCAGAGGCUGAGGGAUUUGGUAUCUCGACUGAAAUCUACACUGCAAGAGCUGCAGAGCAGCGAGAUGUACUCGAACAACACGGAGAUUGCUGCUGCAGAAGCUAGGAAGUCCGACCUGACUGCUAAGAAGGCAAAGAUGGAGGAGAGCCUGGCUUCAGCCCGCCAGUUCAGAGCGCUGCUUCAGCAGCAGCUCCAGAAAGCCUUUCAGUCACAGGUGGACGAUGGGGAUCAAGAGGCAGCUCAAGCUACCAUUUGAACUUGAAGUGCUACUUCAGGUCCAAUCGUGCGUAAGGAAAGCGAGCGAGGGCGCCUGCAUCGGUACGCCCGGUGACUUCUUUCGGUUUCAUGCUUGACGCAUUGCAUCGGUUGUACAGGUGGAAGAAAUCUGGCAGGGUCCAAGAAACACCGAAUGUCUUUUUUGGUUGUUCGCCGAAGAACACCGUAUGGCACUUCUUUCACGGCAAUGGAAGCAUGUUUCUCAAUUGUUACCUGGUAGGCUGGUACUAUAGCUUCAUUGCGACGCUUGACCAGAACUCAUCAGGCAGGAGGCAUGUGCCUUCGCCAUAUGCAGCAAGUGCAAUGUACUCAUCGCAUUUGCUUCAGGAUCUUUGGCGAAGCGUGAGCCUUUUUCACCCAGCUAGCGGACUGGAUUGGUACUGACACUGCAAAGUGUUCAUUAAUGUGUAGGGCUAGUCACCCUCAUUUGCAUAUUUGCAUGCAGCCGAGAGGCAAAGUGGACGCUUUAGGGUUUGUGCCUCCUCUCCAACUACUCUCGCACUUGUACCAUCUCGUUAAAUGCUGCUGCAUGAGGAAGCUUUUCUUGCUAUGUCAGGUGAAUCGUCCGUGCAUUGUAGAACAGCGAAAUACGGCUGUAAUUCGUAAAUUCUUGGAAAUAAAUAUCGUGUCAGUGGCUGGAUAUCGAAAAAAA